AUGCGUGUAUUUAAAUACGAUGUUGUUCAACUAAUUACUGCAAUUCAUAAACGACCUUGCUUGUGGGAUAAAACAGUUGAGAAUUACAAAGACCGCACUGAACGGAGAACCGCUUGGGAAGAAGUUUUUACAAUAGUAGACGAUGGUUAUAAUGAUUUAAGUGCUGAGGAGAAACGAAUUACCGGAGAGAAAAUUAUAUGUAAAUGGACGAACAUACGCGAUACUUUCGUUAAAUCGCUUAGAACUCGCAUGGGGGCACCAAAAAGGAAAUACGUUUACUACGACCAUCUAACCUUUCUUUUAAAGUCUCAAGCAGAGGAAUUCGACACCAACGGCGAACCCGUUUUCUUUAUAAACAAUGAUAACACGCCUAAAAAAGACAGUUCUAGAAAAAGAUCGAGAAGAACGGAGCAGGUUGCGUCAGAGAGCGAUUAUGAACAGAAUUCAGAAGUUAUGUUAGAUCAAUCUCAAAGUGACAAUGAAAUUGAGCAAAGUGUCUUAGUAGAUACAAGUGAUGCUAGAGUAAUGAAUGAAGACGAGGCAUUCUUUGCGUCACUCCUGCCUUCAGUAGUAAAAUAUAAUGAAGAUGAAAGGCUGGAAUUCAGAAUGGAAGUAUUAGGAGUCAUGAAGAAAAUAAGAGAUAAAAGACAUUGGAGUACAAAAAUUGAAUGA